AUGCCCGACUACUUGAGCGUGCGUCAGCAAUUAGGCUUGAGUCCAUCUAACCACUCCACUUUUGAACAACUGGCUAGAGACCUGUGGCCAGCAGCGAUGAGCUUAGAUAAGGUUGUAACUGCACAAGAAUGGGUGGACGACAAAGAGUUGUACCGAAGUGUCGAGGUGGUCUUCAACAACAAAAACAAGUCAAUCAAAGUGCGUGCAGAAAGUGGCUCCAGUGUGCUUCGCUCCAUCUACCUGAAGGAUGUGACUGGAAAAGUUUGGGUGCAGUGUAAUCACAACAAGUCGCAAGAUCACAUGCUGAUACGAGUUCCCAACGAAUAUGAUCUAGUUCUCAAGUUUGAAAGUUACUAUGAACGAGAAAAGUUUAUUGCCAAGUUUGAGGCAUUUCUCAUGGAAAUUAACAUAACUCAGGAACGACACAGUCAGGAUCUCAAAGCCAUGUUCAAGUUUGCGUACACCAAAGCCAAGCGACAGCGACACUUGGAGCAGUUCUUCCGCGUGGUCUUUUCACACGCAUUCAACAAAAAGACACAAGAAAACAUUGACAUGAAAACUGCCAAAGAAGUCCUCACCACCGAGCUGACUCAAAUUGAAUUUGCCGAGGCCUUAUCAAUGCGCCCUGAAUCGACUUUUGUACAGCAAAUGUUUUCAUUGAUCGACAAGGACAACAAUGGGUACAUUUCCUUCAGAGAAUUUCUUGAUAUCAUGGUCAUCUUUGCUAAAGGCUCCGCAGAGCAGAAAAUUAAACUCAUGUUUGACAUGUACGACGUCAAUCAGAAUGGAAGACUGUCAAUCAAUGACUUUAAAGGCAUGAUCAAGUCACUCUUGGAAAUUGCCAACCAAAGUAUAUCGCCCAUUGAAAUGGACCAAACGAUUCACUCAAUGCUCAACGAAGUUGGAUAUGCCUCCAAGAAGGAGCUCUCGUUUGAAGAAUUCAACAAGCUGUUUAGCAACUACAAAGAAGAGCUAGGCUACUCGGAGCUGAACUUUGACUUGUCGAACCUUCACAAUCUCAAGGCAAUGGACAAGCGGCAGUCUGCCCUCUAUCGCGCCAAUGACACCAUCAUUCGUGCGUACAGCUACUUUGGCGGCAAAGCAGGGCACGACUUUAGUGAUCUCGCGAAAAAGGCACCUACUUUUCUUAAAAUUGAAACGCACGAACACUCCAAAGAGCCAGACUGGCUCAUCUCUUGGGUCCGCUUUGUUGAUGCCCGCAAACAGGAGAUUUUCUUUAUCGUACUCUACACCUUGUGGGUGCUGUUCAUUUUUGUCGACAAAGCAUACU